CCUCUUUCAUUUCCUGCCAGAUGUUGUGUUUACACACAGCCCCUGUGCCGUGAUUUCUAGCCUGUAAGCUGAUCCCCUGCCUUUGGGGGUGUCUGGGGGGCGGGGAGCCGAGCGGAAAAGACGGGAAGACGGGAGCAGAGCUAGCGGUGAUCCAGGUCAGCUCCGGCCACACAAGUCAGGGGCUGCAGGCCAGGAGUCGACGGGCAGCACACGGCACCAUGGAGGCAUCCUGGCUGGUCCAGUUCCUGCUGCUCCUCUUUCUCCUGGCGUGGGCACCCGUGACCGAUGGCCAAGCCAUCAAUGCUCAAGCUCAGCAGAAGUUGUGCGCAGAUGACUCCUUUCCCCUGGACUGUGAGGACGUCUACGACCAGGGAUCGGAGACGGACGGCGUCUAUCUGAUCUACCCGUCUGGCCCCAACAUCCCCGUGCCAGUCUACUGCGACAUGACCACGGACGACGGGAAGUGGACGGUGUUCCAGAAGCGCUUCAAUGGCUCGGUCAGCUUCUUCCGGGGCUGGAACGACUAUCGGUUCGGGUUCGGCAGGGCCGACAGCGAGUACUGGCUGGGCGACUCCUUGUCCUACCACACCGGGCAGAAGUUCUCCACCUUCGACCGCGACCAAGACCUGUACGUGCAGAACUGCGCCGCCCUCUCCUCCGGCGCCUGGUGGUUCAAGAGCUGCCACUUCUCCAACCUCAACGGCUUCUACCUGGGCGGGGCCCACCUCUCCUAUGCCAACGGCCUCAACUGGGCCCAGUGGAAAGGCUUCUACUACUCGCUCCGCAAGAGCGAGAUGAAGAUCCGGCGCAUCUGAGCCGCGCGCGCCCCCCUCCUCCCCCCGGGAUCGGGGCCAGAGCUCAGGGGAGUUCGGGGGA